UUCCGCCCUUCUCCCCCCCGCCUCCCCAAAAGGCACGGUAUAUUAAAAAGUUGCAGCUUGCAGUCGCGACCAGUUUCGACUGAGAUUGACCUGAAACCAAUCAUGGAAGUCGUCAAGGAACUUCGGAGAUGUUUCGUAAUUCUGGUUGUGCUGUCUUCCAUCGUCUCUGGACAUGAUAUCAGGAAGCCUCCAGCAGGGUCUGGAAUUGCUCUCUCGAGAAAACUGGUAGCCAGUUUUAAAAAGGGAGUCGGUGCCGACUGCGUUGACACAAUCACCUGCGGAAGCGAGCGCUUUGUCCGUAAGUGCACCAACUGUGAUCCCAGAUAUUUCUACUGCGCAUCGCCUGGGGCCGCUCCAUUGGAGAAACAGUGUCCAUCUGGGCAGUUAUUCAAUCCAGAUCCCUACUAUCCCAAAUGUAUCCUGUCUGGCAACUGCCCUUUCCACCCUUACCCAGUACCCUCAACUACGAAGAAACCUGACCCCACUGCUCUGACAACCAAGGGAAGUUGCGUCGAUACAGUCGUCUGUAAAGAAAAGUCGUUCAUUGCCAAGUGCAGCUACUGCGACCCAAGGUACUUCUUCUGCUCAGGGGCCGGAGCAGAGCCAGUGCCAAAGACGUGUCCCUCCGGCCAGAUGUUCAACCCUGAUCCUUAUUAUCCAAAGUGCAUUUUGACAAAUAACUGCCCAUACCAUCCUCCUUGGGUUUCAACCACCACUACAACCACAUCCACCACAACUACAACAGCUACAACAACGACCACCGUGCCUUCCACUACAACAACUACAAGUACUGUUACAACCACUGUGCCUUCAACGACAACUCCAUCUACAACCCCUGAGCCUACAACGUCGACUACAUCUACAACCACUGAGCCUUCAACGACAUCUCCGUCUACAACCCCUGAGCCUACAACGUCGACUACAUCUACAACCACUGAGCCUUCAACGACAUCCCCGUCUACAACCCCCGAGCCUUCAACGACAGCUGCAUCUACAACCCCUGAGCCUUCAACGACAGCUGCACCUACAACCCCUGAGCCUUCAACAACAGCUGCAUCUACAACCCCCGAACCUUCAACGACAGCUGCAUCUACAACCCCCGAACCUUCAACGACAGCUGCAUCUACAACCCCUGAGCCUUCAACAACAGCUGCAUCUACAACCUCUGAGCCUUCAACAACAGCUGCAUCUACAACCGCUGUGCCUACAACGACAGCUACUUCAACUAUAGCCACUGCAUCCACGACAUCUAUCGAAUCGACUUCUGCCUCUGCUGUGACGGAAACUCCAACAUCAUCAGGCACAACAGAAAAAAGCUCUUCCGUGGUUAUCUCAGAUGGGUCAACUACAAGCCCAGAAUGCAGGGACACACUUAUUUGUGAGGGUCCAGGAGAUUUUUGGAGAUGUAAUACUCUGCUUUAAAGAGUAUUUCUAUUGUGAAAAAGAGGGAGCUGAGGGAAUAUGUAAGGAAUGUGAGAACGGUUUAUGUCUUCAACCCUGAUCCAGCCUUUCCAAAAUGUAUCUCACCAAGUAUCUGCCCUUUCCACCCAGAGCCGACUGCGCUACCUGCAUUGUGAAAUAUCUUUGAAUUAUUUUCACUGAGGAAAGAGUGACUUGCGUAAGAAAGUCACCAAUGUGAGUGGCUGUUGUUUCUUUAACAUUAAUCAAGGUUACUGCCCUGAGCAACCUUUUCAGGGAAUAACCAGUAACCACUCCUUUCGCUGUCAAGUGAAAUUACUGAUUUUAAUUAGUAUAUCUUUUAAUUAUUAUUGAUUUCUUUAUAUUAUCGUGAAUUUUAUUCUGUGUUAGUGGCAUCACCAUAAGAAAUUACAUUUGUUUACGACUUCAAAGCUGCAAUAUCAAUUACAAUUAUUAUUAUUAUUA